AUGUGGGUGAAACACUUUGGCGAGGACUGUUUAAAGGCCUGGGAAGGUUGGAACUACGCGGAAUUCUUCCUCCUUCUGAAGUACAUCCUCAUUUCCAGAUGGCUUCGAUUGUCUGGUGAAAAAUUACGAGCAAAGCUACCUUCUACUGUUCUGACCUCGGGUGCCAAAUCUUCUCCCUUCCGCAUCCUUGAACUCCAAGUGGAUACGCUGCUUUCCAACCUCGCCAUGGCGAGUCCGGAUCUUGUCGCACAUCUUCGUGAUGCAUCGCGAUCCAGUGGCGUAACAGAUUUCUUGAAGGAAGGAACGCCCACCGCAGCCGACCCUUCUGACAGGGUAGUGGAGUGGAUUAGGCGCCACGACUUGUUUGAAUGCGUACGGACAUUGAAGGGCAUGUUUUCCGACUCUGACUUCGUACAGCUUGAAGCUCGUAUUGGCCAAAAGGAGCCCUGGAUUCCUAGCAUGAAGGAGUUGGAGACGGAUCCUGUAGGGUCGAUUAAGGCCCUCAGCUGA